UGUCAACUGUAAAAUCCUCUUUCUAGGGUUUCCUAGCCUCUCCUUUCCCCACCUCACCAUCACAAGCGCGGAAGACAAAAAACCCUAGCUCCGAUCUGAACAAGUAGAAAAAUCAUGGCGCGCUUUGAAGUCGGUCCGGUGCCGUUCAACCCCGACGGUUGGGGCCCUCCAGAUUCCACGUCCGCCACGCUCUCCGUCCCUAACCACCCGUCCAACGUCCCCUUCGCCCCCUUCUCCCGCUCCGACAAGCUGGGCCGGAUCGCCGACUGGACCAGGGCACUCUCCAACCCUGGAAGGCCCGGUUCAAAACAGGGCGCUCACCACCCUUCCGAUUCUGCAUUCGAUUUCUCCGGUGACGACUCCUUCGCAACCCUCGCCGCCGACGAAGACUCGUCCUUCCGCCUUGUCGACACUUCCGCUAAAUCUCACCAUUACAAUCCUAAUCGCCCCAAAUUCAAUCCAAGGUGGAGAUUCAAUGCCCACAACGCGCGUUCUCAGCUCCCCCAACGGCGAGAUGAAGAAGUGGAGGCACGCAAGCGCGAAGCCGAGAAAGAACGUGCCCGGCGCGACAGGCUGUACCAUCAAAACCGUUCGCAGAUGCCGCAGCGCCGUGAAUCAUCUGUUUUUAAGUCUUCGGUUGAUAUUCAACCUGAAUGGAAUAUGCUCGAUCAGAUUCCGUUCUCCACUUUCUCAAAAUUAUCCUUUUCAGUUCCGGAGCCUGAGGAUUUGCUGAUUUGUGGUGGUCUCGAGUUCUAUGACAGGUCUUAUGAUCGGAUUACCCCAAAGAAUUGCCGUGCAUUGGAGCGUUUCAAGAGUCGGAAUUUCUUUAAAGUUACAACAACUGAUGAUCCAGUUAUUAGGCGCUUGGCUAAUGAGGAUAAAGCUACAGUUUUUGCUACGGAUACUAUUUUGUCGACACUAAUGUGCGCCCCCAGGUCAGUUUACUCAUGGGAUAUCGUGGUUCAGAGAGUGGGGAAUAAGUUGUUCUUUGAUAAGAGAGAUGGGUCGCAGUUGGAUUUGCUGUCUGUUCAUGAGACUUCCCAGGAGCCCUUGCCUGAUGUUAAGGAUGAUAUUAAUUCUAUACAUUCAUUGAGCGUAGAGGCUGCUUAUAUUAAUCAGAACUUUUCGCAGCAGGUUUUGAUUAGGGAUGGGAAUAAAGUGGCGUUUGAGGAGCCCAAUCCAUUCGCAAGUGAAGGAGAGGAGGUCGCCCCAGUUGGCUAUAGGUAUAGAAGGUGGAAAUUGGACGAUGAUAUGUAUCUGGUUUCACGGUGUGAAGUGCACAGUGUGGUGGACAUAAAUAAUCAGAGGUCGUUUUUAACACUUAAUGCCUUGAAUGAGUUCGAUCCCAAGUAUUCAGGUGUGGACUGGAGGCAGAAGCUGGAGACCCAAAGGGGUGCUGUAUUGGCAACUGAAUUGAAGAACAAUGCUAAUAAAUUAGCAAAAUGGACUGCGCAGGCUCUGCUGGCAGGUGCUGAUAUGAUGAAAUUGGGAUAUGUCUCUAGGGUUCACCCUAGGGAUCAUUUUAAUCAUGUAAUAUUGGCAGUUGUGGGGUACAAACCAAGGGAUUUUGCUACGCAGAUCAACCUCAACACUUCUAACAUGUGGGGUAUAGUAAAGAGCAUUGUGGACUUGUGUAUGAAACUGAAAGAAGGCAAGUAUGUGCUUGUUAAAGAUCCAUCUAAACCUCAGGUGAGAAUAUAUGAUGUCCCACAGGACGCAUUUGACAAUGAUUAUGUAGAGGAGCCAUUGGCAGAGGAGGAUCAGGUUCAGCCUCCUGCGGAGGAUGCAGAUGGAGGGGAGGCUAAUGCUAGUAUGAAUGAUGGAGAAGACAAGGAAACCAAGGAUGAAGCUGCUUAAGGCCACAAGCCAUAGGAGGCAUCAAGAAAAAGUCUCCUGCAGUCGCUAAUGUUGUCGACCUUCAACUCCAGCGUUGCCUUAAUGUCUGUUUAAGGGGGCAACUAAAACCAGCACCCGUAAACUGUAGGAGGCAUCAUCUGUGAUGUUUUGCUGAUCUUUUUAGGUGCAAGCGAAUUUUGACUUUAUUGUCCAGGGAUGACGACCUUUGAAAAUCGCCAUCCAUGUUGCUUCUCAUCUGAGAAAUAUUUUUAUUAUUGUUUUGCGGUAUAAAAUGUUAUUUUGGUGCUAAGAGUUAUCUGAGCUAAUCAAGGACUUGGGUUUAUUUUUGCUGCCAAAUAAAAUUGCGGGAUAUUAUUUUGUCCA